AUGAAACAACCAAAAACAAAAACACCAACACCAGUCUAUCGACAAAUCCGAGCAAAAUACACCCCGGAUACAAUAACGGUUUACCAAGCCUACAGCCCAACAAUAGCCAUCCCAGCCCUGCAGGCCCAAACCCUCGUGCCGCCCUUCUCCUUGACAAGAAUGACCUGGAUAAAGCCCUCCUUCCUAUGGAUGGCCUACCGAUCCGGAUGGGCAAGCAAAGCAAACCAAGAACACAUCCUAGCAAUAGAAAUCACGCGCUCGGGCUUCGAAUGGGCAUUACAAAAUGCCAGCCUGAGCCAUUACACACCAACCGCCGGGGAUGAGAUCCAGCGAGAAGAAUGGCAGGCGAAAAUGCGUGCGAGUCCAGUGCGUGUACAAUGGGAUCCGGAGAGGGAUUUGGAUCUGGGGUUUAGGCCUUUAGGGCAUCGGAGUAUUCAGAUUGGGUUGAGUGGGGAGGCUGUUGGGAUGCUCGUGGAUCAGUGGAUUGUCUCGAUUACUGAUGUGACUGGGUUGAUGAAGGAGGUUGAGAGGUUGUUGAAGGAUGGGGAUGUGGAGGGUGCGAGGGUUCGACUGCCUGAGGAGACGGUUUAUCCUUUGGGGGCGGAGCUGCAGGAAUUGUUGAAGAUGUAG